AUGUCUUCCACUACAGAAUUGAUUUCCGAGCCUCUUUUGAAUGUGCAAUACUCUGCACCAGGUUUUUGCUUACCGCAUCCCAGUAUUGUCAACCAAUUUUGCCGAGACCAAAGAAACCUGAUCUUCUGCCAAGGUGUCACCAUUGUGAAGAUAUCACCCGAAGUUGUCGUCAAGUUUGGUGCUCAUGUCAACAUUAUCGAGGCCAAAACCAUGAUUCAUGUUGCGCAAAAUACAAGGGUUCCUGUGCCCAAAGUUUUCGCAUAUUAUACGUACGGUCCAAUAGAUCGUGACGCUGGCGAUUACGGAGGCCUUUACGAUGCCUACAUCUUCAUGAGUUUCAUUGCCGGCGAAACACUCUACACAGCUUGGGACUCUUUUGACGUCUCCACCAAAUCCCAUAUUUCAAGACAACUUGCAAGCUAUAUCGAGGAGAUCCGCAAUAUAGGGAACGCCCAUUCGAUUCGGAGCGGGACUUUAACACGGCUCUCAUCAACGCCUAUCAAAAGUUUGCUUAGUGGAAUGCUUUCUCAAUCCCAUCGCAUCUUAUUCACGCAUGGUGAUUUGCGGCCUCAGAAUGUUAUGGUGAAAGAUGGACAUGUGGUCGCCAUUAUAGACUGGGAGCGAAGUGGUUGGUAUCCAGAAUACUGGGAAUUCGCAAAGGCACUCCUUGUAUGGGGCUGGCAGAGUGAUUGGACAGAUUACCUGAUGCAGAUUCUUCGACCGUAUCACGCUGAAUUCUUCAUGCACUCUUUUCUGAUGGAAAAGCUGUUGUUUUAG